AGAGAUAUUUCUAAGAAAUUUUCCAUAAGUCAUGGUACUCUCCGUAGGCCUCAAGUUAACCAAACUGGUUCUGGUAAUUUUAAUUUCGUUUCUAUUACUAUGUGGCAUCGCGUUGGCUAUCAUCGGAAUCGUAAUACACCGGAAAGUCGAUACCGUGAAUGAGUUAUUCAAGAAUGGGGAAAUUUUGAUUACCGAAGCGACAGUGAUUGUGAUCCUAGGAUGUACAGUGGCUGCCGUAGCUUUUUUCGGACUUUUUGGAACGGUUAAACAGUCGCCCCAGCUGAUGUUCACUUACGCUUUUCUGCUGAUAGUACUGAUCUUGGCCAAGACAGCCGCAGCAACACAAAUGUUGAUUAAUAUAGAAAAUAACAGCAAACGUUAUGCUUCAUUUUUAAACCGGGCUUUCCAAAAACAGUUAAGCAAUCCCACCUCGGUUGACCCUAGAAUCGAUCGGGUGCAAAGCACAUUCCACUGCUGUGGUAGAAAUUCUUUUCGGGAUUGGCAGGAUGCUGUGCCCCGUUCGUGCUGCGGAGAGCAAUCGAGUGUAGAUUGCAAAAUCAUCGGAGAAGGAUGCCAGAUUGUGGUAGAGCGGUUCCUCGCGGACGCGCAGAAGGCUCUUGGAGGAGUUUUACUUGUCAUAACUCUGUUUGAGGUGAUAACGCUGGGCCUGAAUUGCUGCUUGGCCAGUGGCAUAAGGGAUCAGUUGGAAUUACUACAAAGAUAGUUACGUGCAUUCCGCUAAUAUAAUAUAAUACAUGUAAACAU